AUGGGCUCCUCAGCUUCCAAGGGCGCAAAGGCUGCUGGCUCCGCUGCACGUAAAUACCCCGCUAGGGCUUCUACGAAUACUACAACACGGGCUCCCGCACCUUCCGUGCCUGCGCAGGACCCUGUGAGAGGACCGACUGUGCAUCCUGAGGUGCAGGCUACUGGAGAGAAGACUGAAGCUGUUUUACAAGAUGCGCGCGAUCCUGCCUUUGCAUCUCGACUGAGCAGUCUGGGUGCUGUUCAACCGAAUCCUCACUUCUCGCCUUCAUCUCAAUCGCAGUUUGAUCCUCGUCGCAAUACUUCGCCAAACCUCCCUUCCGAUACCAUGAUGCAAUCGCCACCACAGUCCGCGUUUCCCGAUCCGCGCAACAACCCCGUGCUACGGGUGUUAGAAGCCAGACAACGGAUAGCGGAUCAGGCAGAAGAUGAGUUGCGAGACGUAGGUAGGAGGGGUUUCCAGGGAAGAACAUAUGUGGAUGCUGGUGUCAUAACGCUGGCGAUGAUGAGACAGGCCAAGGGAGAACCCGAUGCGAGGAUUGAAGAUGCACUCGGGAUCAAGAGGGGGAGACUGAGUGUGCUGGGCAAAGGUACGGUGGAAGCUGUGGCUCUGGCUUGA